CUGCAAUUAUUUGUCAUUGGUUCUUUUAAGCUCCUUAAUUUCCUGUUCUGCGCAGUAGGGAAGAAACAGCCAUGGCGGUGGCCGACAAAUCAACUAAAGAACGGCUCUUAUCUGUUUUGGAUGAUCUAGAAGUGUUAUCCAGGGAAUUGAUAGAAAUGCUGGCAUUGUCAAGGAGCCAAAAACUUCCUCAGUCAAGCGAUGACACACAGAUUCUUGAGUUGCUUGUCCAGAGAGAUAAGGAGUUCCAGGAGCUGAUGCUGGUGGCGCAGGAGCAGGGGAAGGUGCACCAGGAGAUGCAGAUCCUGGAGAAGGAGGUGGAGAAGAGAGACAGCGACAUUCAGCAGCUUCAAAAACAGCUGAAGGAGGCAGAACACAUACUGGCUACGGCUGUGUACCAGGCAAAGGAAAAGCUCAAAUCCAUCGACAGAGCCAGAAAAGGGAGUAUUUCAUCAGAGGAGAUCAUCAAGUAUGCCCACAGGAUCAGCGCCAGCAAUGCAGUGUGUGCCCCCCUCAACUGGGUACCAGGCGACCCACGGAGACCCUACCCCACUGACCUGGAGAUGCGCAGCGGCAUGCUGGGUCACAUGAGCAACCUGCCGACCAAUGGCGUGAACGGACACCUCCCAGGAGAUGCACUGGCUGCUGGGAGAUUACCCGACGUGCUGACCCCCCAGUACCCCUGGCAGUCCAGCGACGUCUCAGUGGGCUUGCUCCCCCCUCACCAUGGUAACGACUUUGGGCUGGAACCUCCGGGGCACAACAAGGAGAACGAGGAUGAUGUGGAGGCCAUGUCCACAGACUCAUCCAGCAGCAGCAGCGACUCCGACUGAGUGUGUGUGUGUGUGUGUGUGUGUGUAUGCAUGGGUGUGUUAGUAUGUGUGUGUGUGUGUGUACAUGUGUGUAUGUGUGGGCUCAUGUGCAUGUGUGUGAUUUGUGUGCAGGCUUUUAUCUUUGUGUGUGUGUGUGUGUGUGUGUGCGCACAAAGUUGGGCACCAACCAGUGCACCCCAAGUACCUCAGAGAGCCCUGAGAUCUUCACAUCCAACAGACCUUUUAUAAAAGCCACACUGAUGAGCUGGCCCUCAGUAGCAUGCAAACUGUGGUGGCCUGCUGUUUGUGGGUACUGCUCUUCCCUGUGUUUCAGUCCUACCCACCAAGCUCCUGUCCUUCACUCGACAUAUUCAGCCAUUUUCCUUAGACAUGGGUUAAGACCCAGUCCCAAACUAUAAGGAAAAAAACAAUCGAUUGAUAAGUGUUUAGUCAAUGACUAGGUUUAAUCCAUGUCUGGGUUUUUGGUGUGGACUUGACUAGUUCUUGGAAUGUCUGUAAUAGUCAAAUGUCUCUUAUUGACUCUGACUCUUAUUGUUCAGGGCUGCCCUCAAACCAUCGUAAAGGCUGGACCAGUUAAGGGAAUGUUUGUAAUACAAGCACACAAGUAUUACCACUUUACAACCUCCCAUUGAACUGUUCCCUACCAGAGAUUUCACAAAGUGUUUUGAUUUAGCAAGGGUUAAUUGCAGAUUUAAACCUUUGUUGUAAAUCUUUUGAUAUUUGUUAAAGCAUCUCCAUUGUUUAGGAUUCAUUUUCCACGUUUUGUAUUUUUCUCAUUAUGUAUGACUCCCGUACUUUGAUUCAUCAGGUUACUAAGACUACAUGAGUACUUGUCAGGUUUUUUGGAAUGUAAAUAGAUUUGUACAUAAGGAAGGUUUCCCACCCUCGAUGUAAAUAAAUAUCAGUUUUGAAAGUA